AUGAGUAUUUUAAACGAAUGUCAUGUAUUUCAUCAUAUAUUUACAUGUGAUGAUUUAUCCAAAAAAUCUCAAUGUAAAAAAUUAAAAUUUCAACGUGCUUUUCAAUUUCUUCAAUUACUUCUUCUUCAACGUGUCUAUGGUAUUGAUGUAAUAACACGUUCAUCAUUACAACGAAGAUCAAAACGACAAUUAUGUCAAUUUGAAGUUUUUCUAGGUGGUUCAUGUAAUCCAACAACAUGGAGAUAUGAACAGGCUAUACCUUAUUUUCAAGCACGUUCAAUAUCCUAUUAUAAUCCGCAGGUUCCUAAUUGGACACCUGAUUUAGUUGAAAUUGAACAUCGUGCAAAAGAAUUAGCACCAUUACUAUUUUUUGUUAUCGAUUAUAGUACAAGAUCAUUAGCAGCUAUUGCUGAAGUAUGUUAUCUAGCAGCACGUCGUCGAAAUAUUAUAACUGUUCUGAAUCCAAUGCCAGAAGAUAGAAAUCAAAUAAAAUUUAUUCAACAGAAAAAAAAUUCGAAUGAAAUCGAUGAUGAAUAUGAUUAUAAAAAUGUUUGUGAAGCAAGAAGAAUAUUAAGAAAAUUACUUCGAAGUAUAAAUGUACCGGUCUUUGAUAAUGUUAAAGUAGCAUUAGAAUGUGCUACAUUUAUACUUGAAGCUACCAAACAAACUGUGAUACAUUCAAAUGUACUUAAUGAAGAUGAAAGUGAAAAAGGUAAGUUUAUUCAAUAG